AUGAAUGUUUUUUCUGGUAGAAAUGAAGCUAGAGAAAAAAUAGGACUUUUUGACGAAAACAUAGAACUAAGUUUUUUGGGAUCAGGAUACCCUAUGUAUUUUGAUUUUGUUAAAGGUUGUCUUUUAGUACUUUUUAUGAUUUUGAUAUCUUCAGGUGCUUUUAACUUAUUGACAAAUUUUUAACUUGGAAAAGAUUGCUAAAAAGAGGAAGGGUAAUAAUCUUAUUCGAAUUUCUUUUUAAAAAAAGAAUAAUUAAAACCCAAGAUUGAUUGCUAUGAUACUUGGACUACUAAAUUAUCUUAUGUUAAUAAAAUUCAUAAUGAAAGAUUAAUUUAUUUAUAAGACAUUAUGAACUUGAUUACUGUUUGCACUAUAAUUUUUAUUCUUUAAUAUUUGAGAACAACUUAAAGGAAUUUAAAUGAAAGAUGUGAUGAAUUAUGCAUUUCAGCAAGUGAUUAUACUAUUUGGAUUUCUUAAAUCCCAUAAUAUGGGGAUGAUGUUGAUGAUAUGGAAACUUAAUUAAGAAAUGACAUCAUUUAAUCACUUUAAAAUGUUUUCAAAUAAUAAUAUGAAGAAGCUUUAAAUAAACAGAAUUUUAUGAAAAUAGCUAAUCUUACUUUAAGUUAUAAACUUGAUGAUAUUAAUAAUGUAUAUAAGGAAAAGCAAAAAAUUACUGAAUAAUUCUAGAAUGUUUAUCAAUUAUAAAAUUUGAAUUAAGAAGAAAAAAACUAAUAGCUCUAAGAACUUAAGGCUAAAGCAAAAGAAAUUAAUUAAUAAAUUACUGAAUUAAAGAGAUAAUAUUAUGACGGUUUAAAUGGAAAAUAAAAUAAUUAGAUUUUUACAGGUCAUGCAUUUGUUAGUUUUGAAAAUGAAAAUGAUAAAAAUUUAAUCUUAGAUGCUUACUAAGCUGAAAAUAAAUUAUUUUUUGGAAGUAAAAAUUUGAUCCUAAUAAAUGGAUAAAAAGUCAAGGUUUAGUAAGCACCUGAAUGUACUGAUGUAAAUUGGGAAUUUUUGUAAUACAGCACAUUUAAUUAGUUAAAAAGUAAUAUAAUUUCAACUUUAGUAACUAUUUUAUUGUUAGUAAUUUGUGGAUUAAUUAUAUUUGCACUAAUGUAUAUUUAAGAUUAAAUUAAUAAAAAUAAUGAAAAAGAUAAACUAGAAGAUAAAUAAUCUAAAAUAUUUGCUAUUUUAAUUUCUGCAGUUAUUCCUGCAUUAAAUUAUGGUCUUUAAAUAUUUUUAACUUAAUUAUCAAUUUUUGAAAAGCAUUAUACAAGGACAGAAGAAUUAAGCUCAUUGUCUAUAAAAUUAACAAUUUCUUAAUUCUUAAAUACUGCUAUAAUGACAUUUUUAAUAAAAGUCGGAUUUUUUUACUUUAAUGGAUAAAGAGAAUAAGCAGCUGAGAAUAUAUAUUCAAAAACUGGGCUUGUUUUUAAUCAGCAAUAUGUAUUUAUUACAUCUGGUUUAAUUGCAGUUGUUUCUUUAAUUGUAGAUCCUUCUAGGAUUGUUAAAAUUAUAAUGAGAUAUACUAAUAAGAAAAAAAUCUAAACAUAUUUUACUUAGAGAUAAAUUAAUGCCCUAUAUGAAGAUGUGCCAAGUAAUCUUGCUUAAGAUUACGCUGCUCUUAUGAAAAAUAUGUUUGUAUGUAUUUUCUAUAGUCCUUUAAUUCCUUUAGGUAUUGUUAUUUAAUUUGUUUCUAUUGGUUUACUUUACUUUAUUUAGAAAGUAAUUUAUUUAAUUUAUUUAAUUUUAUUUUUAUAAAAGUGGAAACUACUAAACCAUAGAUGUGUCAAAUAUUAAGUUAGUCAUAUUGUUUCUUAAUAAAUGAUUGAAAUAAUGGAAUUCUUAUUACCUUUAUAUACUGUAUUUAAUUUAUUUAAAUAUAUAUUUUUAUAUAAUUAAAGAUUUCUACUGUUAGUUUUGAAUUUGUUCUUUUGUAUACUAAAUAAAUUUAAGUUAGUUUUAUUUCUUACAUUGCUAUAUUUUUAGGAUUUCUCAAUAUAUUAAUACCUACGGAUAAAGUUAACUAAAAAUUAUUUUAUGUAAAAGAAGCUGACUCUCUUACAACAAGUUAUAGCGAUAAUUUAACUAAAUUUUAAUAUGUAAAAUAUUAAUUUGUUUUUCAUUUAUUUUAUGAAAUUUAAAAAAUAGGAUUAUGAUAGAGCUAAUCCUGCAACAGAUGAGAUUGGAAAAGAAGCCUUAAUUAAUAAAUAGAAAGAAAUUAUUAUUCAAUAUAAAAAUAAAAAUCAUUGA